GGAUAUUAUGCAGUCCUCUCCAACCUCGUCCAGCUUUUCUUGCACGAAGAUAGAGAGAGAAAGGAGAGACAGAUAUGGAAGGAGGGAAGAGGAGAGUAGGAGGAGAGAAGAAGGAUUUGUUCCAUGUGAUUCAUAAGGUGCCGGCGGGGGAUAGCCCUUAUGGUCGAGCCAAGCACAUCCAGCUUGUGGAGAAGGAUCCAGAGACGGCGAUCGUAUGGUUUUGGAAGGCAAUAAAUGCUGGGGACCGGGUGGAUAGUGCACUGAAGGACAUGGCAGUGGUAAUGAAGCAGCAGGACCGUGCAGAGGAAGCGGUCGAAGCCAUCAAAUCCUUCAGGCACCUCUGCCCUAAGCAGGCGCAGGAAUCCUUGGACAAUCUCCUCAUUGACCUUUACAAGAAAUGUGGAAGGAUAGAGGAGCAGAUAGAGCUUCUAAAGCAAAAGCUGCGGAUGAUAUGCCUUGGCGAAACCUUCAAUGGGAAGAGCACCAAGACAGCACGCUCCCAUGGCAAAAAGUUCCAGAUCUCAAUUCAGAAAGAAACUUCGCGCAUCCUGGGCAAUCUGGGUUGGGCCUACAUGCAGCACAAGAACUAUGACGCGGCUGAGGCAGUAUAUCGCAAAGCUCAAAUGGUCGAGCCUGAUGCGAACAAGGCGUGCAAUCUCAGCCUCUGCCUCAUUAAAAAGGGACGGUUCGACGAGGCCCGGGCAGUGCUCGAGGAAGUCCUGCACCGUAGAUACCCAGGCUCUGAUGACAGCAAGACGAUUGGCCGGGCGGAAGAGUUGCUGCGUGAGAUCGAACUGCAGCCGGCUGUUUCUCCAUUGGAUGUGGGCUUGAGCACAAGAGAUGAGAUCAUGGAGAGACUGGACCUUGUGAUGAACGAGUGGGCCCCAUUCCGAUCCAAGAGGUUACCAAUAUUUGAGGAGAUUUCCACCUGCAGAGACCAGAUAGCUUGUUGAUUCUUUUAGCUUCUGUUUUCGCCUUUUUGUAAUGUUAGGAUAGAAAUGUGCAUAUAUGUAUAUAUAUAGUCUGAUGGGAGUGUAAUGACACUUCGUCAUUAGUCUUAACAUUAAAUUUGUUAAUGCAGAAUAAAACAGCUUUUAAUAAGGGCAAGGAUCGAUGCUUUAA